UUUAUAUUUUUGUUUGCAGGCAGAGAGCUAAAAACAUCCUCAAAUACUUGGUUAAUAGCUGAAAGUUGAAGCCUAAAAUGAAGCUGUCAGGAAUUAGUAUAUUCAUAUUAUUGUGGGUACUUUUCUUGAAAAUGAUUCAACUCUCCUGUUCCUCCUUAUCAGGUAGAGGAAAUGAAACUGAUAGACUCUCCCUGCUGGCCUUUAAGGCUCACAUCACAGAUGAUCCCCUCCAUAUUCUAAGCUCAUGGAAUGAAUCCUUGCACUUCUGCAAAUGGUCUGGCAUAACAUGUGGAAGCCGCCAUCAAAGAGUCAUUGAGAUUGACCUGGAAUCUAGCAGACUAAGUGGCAGCCUAACUGCCUUCAUUGGAAACUUGAGUUUCCUCAGGGUACUGAACCUGCAAAACAAUAGCUUAUCCCACUACAUUCCUCAAGAAAUAGGCCGUUUGUUCAGGCUGCGAACGUUAAUCCUGCGAAGGAACAGUUUCUCUGGUGAAAUUCCUGUCAACAUUUCGUAUUGUUCUAACCUCUUGACUCUUCGUUUAGGUCGCAACAACUUGACAGGCAAACUUCCUGCUGAACUUAAAUCUUUGUCGAAGCUGCAAAUGUUUGAAUUUGAAAUAAACUAUCUAACUGGUGAGAUCUCCCCUUCUUUUAGUAAUCUUUCGUCUCUUGAAAUUAUAUAUGGAACACGAAAUAAUUUUCACGGAGAGAUUCCAAACAGUAUCGGACAAUUGAAAAGUCUACAAACUUUUUCCCUUGGAGGAAGUAACUUCAGUGGGGUGAUUCCUCCCUCCAUUUUCAAUCUUUCGAGUCUUACAAUUCUAUCUGUGCCGAUUAACCAACUUCAUGGAAAUCUUCCUCCGGACUUAGGACAAAGUCUUCCGAAGCUCGAAGUUCUUAGACUCUAUGCAAACAAAUUCAGCGGAUCAAUUCCACCAACAAUUUCCAAUGCCUCAAAUCUUGUUGCUCUUGAUGUAUCACAAAACAAUUUCACUGGCAAAGUUCCUAGUCUAGCGCGCUUGCAUAAUCUGUCGUAUAUAGGCAUUCAUAAGAACAAUCUUGGAAAUGGAGAAGAUGAUGACCUGAGUUUUCUCUACACCUUAGCCAAUAAUACAAACUUGGAAAUUUUAGCUAUUACUGAAAACAAUUUGGGAGGAGUACUGCCUGAAAUGUUAAGCAACUUUUCGACAAAGCUUGUGCACAUGGCAUUUGGAAGAAACAAGAUUCGUGGACGUAUUCCAUCUGAGAUUGAUAAUCUUAUCCGUUUAGAGGCUUUAGGAUUUGAGAGAAAUGAAUUGACUGGCAGCAUACCAAGUUCUUUAGGUAAACUGAAAAAUUUGAUCAAGUUGUAUCUGAAUGAUAACAACAUUUCAGGAAGUAUCCCAUCUUCUCUUGGAAAUAUUACUUCACUGAGCACAAUUUCUUUAAAAGUAAAUAACUUAGAAGGAAGCAUUCCGUCAAGCCUUGGAAACUGCCAGCAGAUGUUGUUGAUGGAUCUUUCUCGGAACAAUUUGAGUGGUACAAUACCGAAAGAAUUGAUUAGUAUUCCAUCUUUAUCAAUAUCUUUGGAUCUAUCUGAAAAUCAGUUUACAGGAUCCCUUCCUAUGGAAGUGGGUGGUUUAGUGAAUCUUGGAUAUCUUGAUGUUUCAAAAAACAAGUUAUCAGGUGAAAUUCCUAAAAGUUUGGGAAGUUGCACGAGGUUGGAAACUUUGUACUUGCAAGGGAAUGCUUUUCAAGGGACAAUUCCUGUGUCUUUGAGUUCUUUGAGAGGGAUCAACGAUUUAAAUCUCUCUCACAACAACUUGACUGGCCAAAUUCCGAAUUUUUUUGCAGAAUUCAAGUCUUUAGAAAAAUUGGAUCUAUCAUAUAAUGACUUUGAAGGAGAAGUGCCAGCCGAGGGAGUCUUCAAGAACGCAAGUGCAUUUUCAAUUUCAGGAAACAAGAAUCUUUGUGGAGGCAUACCUGAAAUCAACCUGCCAAGGUGCACCUUGAACAAGUCGAUGAAACCGAAGACUUCUCACAAGCUGAGGUUGAUAAUUGUAGUUGCCUGCUGUGGGGUCGUUGGAGUAUUAUUGCUAACGUCGGCUUUACUAUUUUGUUGUUUGAAAAUGAGGAAAAACAAAGAAGCUUCAGGAUCUUCAUUGGAUAUAUUUUUUCAAAAGGUAUCCUAUCAAAAUCUCCUUAAAGCAACUGAUGGGUUUUCUUCUGCAAAUUUAAUUGGUGCAGGUAGUUUUGGCUCUGUCUACAAAGGCAUUCUUGCACCAGAUGAAACAAUCAUCGCAGUAAAAGUACUCAACCUCCAGCACAAAGGAGCUUCAAGAAGUUUCAUGACAGAAUGCCAAGCACUGGCAAACGUCAGGCAUCGAAAUCUUGUGAAAGUAUUAACCGCAUGUUCAAGUAGUGAUUUCGAAGAAAAUGAUUUUAAAGCCCUUGUGUAUGAGUACAUGGUAAAUGGCAGCCUGGAAGAAUGGUUGCAUCCAACUCAGAAUCCCGACCAGGAUCAGCCGCCAAGAAUUCUGAGUCUGAUUGAAAGAUUGAGUAUUUCGAUUGAUGUGGCUAGUGCACUUGACUAUUUGCACAACCAAUGCCAAGUUCCUGUCGUUCACUGCGAUCUGAAGCCAAGCAAUAUCCUUUUAGAUAGUGACAUGACAGCUCAUGUCGGAGAUUUUGGAUUAGCCAGGUUCCUCAUAGCAGCUCCCCAUCAUUCAAGUCCAUCCAGCUCCAUUGGCAUUAGAGGGACAGUUGGCUAUGCAGCCCCAGAAUAUGGUAUGGGAAGUGACGUGUCAACUUAUGGGGAUGUCUACACCUAUGGAAUACUAUUGCUGGAGUUAUUUACAGGCAAGAAACCAACAGAUGCAAUGUUCAAAGAUGGCCUGAACCUACACAUCUUAGCUAAAAUGGCAAUGCCUGAUAGAUUGGCAUUAGCAGCAGAUCCAUUUCUUCUUAUUACAGAAGAUGAAGGAACAAGCGCCAGUGCUACUAGUGCCUCUCACAGGAUUACUUGUAUCGCAAGGGACAAAGUUCUGGGAUGUCUGAACUCUAUUCUCAAGAUUGGAGUUGAUUGCUCGGCAGAGUCACCAAGAGAUCGCAUGGACAUUAGUGAUGUUGCUAAUGAGUUGGUCCGGAUUAGGAACAUUCUUCUUGAAACUGGAAAGCAUAGGUAGCUUGAAAUAUGUAUGUAUGCUGUUCACAUCUGGUACUGUAUUCAGUAAUGCAUUUUUCCAAGCAACAUUAAAUUCUGAAAUGCAAUGCAGCUCAUUUUGUUAAA